CGAGCGCCCUCGCGCGGCGGCCGUCUGCUAGCCGCCGCGACGCGGAGCAUCUCAUCGCCGCCGAAGAUCCGCAGCGUCGCUGACGCUGCGUCCCACGGGCUAGGCGGCCCGCCGCCGGCGAAGCAAAGGAUGGAUCUUGCGUCGACCCCGAAUGUGCUGAUCACGUCCUCGGGCCUGAACAGUGCCCAAGCCAUUCGCGACCUGACCGCCGCGGUGUACGAUGCCGGCGGCUCGAUCGCGGCGAGCAAGAAGGUUGUGCUGGGCUCUCACUACUCCUUGCUAAUGGCGCUGUGGCUGCCCGAGGCGACGCCGGCGUCGGCCGCCGCCACGCUCUCCAAGACGCUGGAGGCUCACGUCGCCGGGGGCGCGUCGCUCUCGGUCGUGCCGCUCGAGAGCGCGGGCGGCGGGGCGGAGGACGCCACCGUGACGAGGCGGCUGAAGAUCGAGUGCCCUCAGAAGCCGGGCAUCGUGCUGACCGUCACGCAGCUGCUGCAGGAUCACGGCGCGGUGACAUCUCAGAUGGAGGCGGGCACCAGCGCCCGGGAGGGGGCGAUCUGGUUCGAGAUCGAGUGCCUCGUCGAGCUGCCCGAGAGCGUGGUUGAGGAGGUCGGCGCACAGCUCGCGUUUUGGUCGGACGGCGCCGGCGCGAAGCUGCUGUUUGACGCAUCGCCCUUCCGGGCGCCGCUCGAGGCGGCCUGACAACGGCGCGCCGCGCCGCUUACCGUGCGAUGUUUGCGCUGUGUACUCCUUAGCGGCCGAGUACUCCUUCGUGCUCCCGCCUCGCUCGCUACUGUUCUCGCCGCGUCUCGCAUGUCUCGCAUAGUACCGGAGCUUGCAUGCGAAUGCGGCACAUGCAGCUCGCAAUCCGCUGUUCUCUAUCUCUGGUCGCGUUUUUGUGUGCAGCCCCCCCGUCAGCGGUCAGGGAAGGGUUGUCGAACACGCGAAGAUCGAAGUGUCGUGUGAGCGUAUUCUCACGUUCCAUCCGACUC